AUGGCUGGUGCGGCACCACCAAGGGAGACACCAAGGCCUGGACCUUACGAUAUAAACACAUCAGGCCCCACUCGAUCACCACCACGAGGCCCUGCAGCGCUGAGAGCUCCUCCAACUGGCCCUGCAGCAAACAGAAACCCCGCAGGGCCAGUAUCUUCACCAGCCCUGCCUCCUCCCGCUCGGACUCAGACACCUACGGCUCCUCCUCUGCGUUCAGGUACCACAAGCCCCACCGUUCCCCCAGCUGGCCCACGAGGUUAUGUGCCUCCAGCUAGAGGUGGGUUUGCCCCCCGAGGAGGCAGAGGUGGCUGGAAUCAAGCGCCAGCAAGACACAUUUCAGGACCUUCACCAACUCCUUCAACUCCCAGUGGACCUUCAGCCAUUCCCACUGGCCCACGUGCGACUCCGUCAAAUACAUCGUCAACCUCGACAACGACGCAAUCUCGACCGUUCAAUCCUCCGACUGGGCCAUCAGCUCAACAUGCUGGUAGCGCACGGCAGACUUUGGCGCAAUCCAUGCUUGCGACACUCCCCCCCAUCAUCCCGGGCGGCAAGUUGGACCCUUCCAUGACGCCUCUCGCUCUUGGCGUAACUCGAGAACUUGAGCCACAUUAUCGCAAGCUGAAGGACGAGGAGGAGAAGUUGAGAGAUGAACUGCAUGCGAAGCAAGAGCGGCUACGGAAAAGUCUGUACACGUGGAAUAGACUCGAACGUGACUCGCGAGCGUGGGAGAUGCGGAGUGACCUGAGCGAGAAGAGCAUGAAGAACCUGGCUGGUGAAGGCAUGGGUGGUGCUGCAUUUUAA